UUAUGACACGUAUUUUGAUUGACGGAAUAUUUCGUUUAGAAAACUGAUAUUUUGAUUKGUAGUGCUUCGGAGAGGAAGGAUCAGUAGCUCUCUACUGUUGGGUAAUAUUUCAGGAGCCGACUUCAAACUUUCUAAUCGAAGUUUAUCGCGACGACAAAGAUAUAAAGGUACGAUGAAUGCAACAGUCAUAUCAAGCAGCACAAACAGGAACGCCACUACUCCAACAAGCACAAAGGCACUCUCUCUUUGCUUUGUAAAUGACCUAACAAGCGUCAAAACGGCCAAAGUUUUCUUCUACAUUAUCAUCUUCAUCGCUUCGUUCAUCGGCAACACGCUGAUCUUAAACGCAGUAAUAAAGAAGGCGACACUUAGAAGGUCUAUCAACCAGUUCAUUGGUAAUAUCUGCUUGGCAAACUUACUGAUAACAUUAGUAUACAUGCCAAGGAUGAUGGUGAUGGUGGUUGAUGGCUCACAUUGGCUUGUUGAAGGGACUUUAGGACUAGUACUUUGUAAGCUAGUGCCCGUUAUUCACCAUGCAUGCCUGCUUGUGUCAAUCCUCUCGCUCACAGCACUCAGCAUUGAUAGAUUCUUCUAUAUCGUCGUUCCAACCAAGCAGAUCUUAAGCAAGAAAAAACAGAAAUUUGUUAUACCUUUGAUGUGGGUUGUGGCAAUUCUAGUGCGCUUUCCUUCGCUCUACGCGCUAAGACUGCACCCAGCAAGACAUACUGAUUCGCUCACGUGUGAUGAUAGUAUCCAAAAAGCCUUCAAGAGUAUAAAAGCUAGGAGGACUUAUUACACCUUUCUGUUAAUAUUCUUUUACGCCUUGCCUCUUAUCCUCAUUGUGAUGUUCUACUCGAUUAUCAUCGUGUUUUUGAAGAAGAGAAAGAGGGUAUGUUCAAACCGCCACAAAGCUGAUCGGACAGUUGAUGCAAAGUACAAAGAAGCGAGCAGGAAAACCCUUAAAAUGCUAAUCACUGUCACCGUAUGUUUUGUGAUUUGCUGGGCGACGUACUUCCUGGCUCAAAUCGCGUACAGAAGUGUCCCGUGCGAGCUGCGAUUUUGGAGGUUUUUCUUGGCUCAUUGUAACAGUGCAAUAAGUCCAUAUUUGUGCAUGAUAUUCAACAAAAAAUACCAAGAACACGUCAAAAAUGCUCUUUACAGAAGCUGUUGUCUUUGCUGUGCCGUUUGUGAAAUAGCCGACGAAGACGUGACGGAGAUAUGAACAAAGAGAAUUGAAAGAGAGAAAGAAAGAAA